GUCGAGUCUGAAUCCUCUGGAUCUAAGGAAAAGGAAGUGGUUUUAACAAGUGAUGAGAUUCAAAUUCCAUUAGAGAGGGAUGAUUCAUUGGGAUUGAGUCAACCUAUGUCUGGAAUUGUAAUAUCAUCGCAGGGUUCACUGACUAAUAUUAAUUCCUCAAAGUUAAAUAAUGAUAAUCAACAAUCUGAUAUUGAGAUAUGUGAGAUUCGAAAGGAUGAUUUGUCUAGUAGGGCGUAUAUGUUAAAAAAAAUUUUUACCGAUGUUACAACCGAUCAAUUGGAUAUACGUGGCGAUCAACUUUUUUCGAGGAAUGAUAUGGUCGAAUCUUUUCUUACAUCCAAUUUCGAUUCUCUCUUUGAUGAUGAUGAUAUCUAUUUUUCAUCCGUAUCCCUGCCAUUUCUACCAUCUUAUUCAACAUUGGAUGUUGAGACGUUGGAGAAUUACUUUAAGGAGUGGAUCGUUCAAUAUGAUAAACUUGGAUUGGUUAAGCGGAAAGCUGAUGAGAACAUGUUGAAAAUGUUAUACAAUCUUCGGAAACUAUUUUUGUCAUUGCUUGUGGUACUUACAAUGGAUUAUGAACAGAAGAAUGGGGUUCCACCUACAUCAAAAAUCCUACGCGGUCUUGUUGCGGAGAAGAUGAUGACCAUUCUUUGUAUUGAUGGAAGGCAGGAGCGAAGAUAUUGGAGUGGAAUGUGGAGAUUGAUCGAAUUACUUCAUGUAACUCGAUGUCGGGUGGAUUUUCUCGUGAAGGCUCGAAUUAAUGCCACAUUUCUAACGACAGCAUCUAUUAGUGAUUAUGAUAAAUUUCUUAAAGCUCUUUUAAAUGAUGAGGAGGCUUCUCAUAAAAAUCCUUUAUUUGAUGAGUUAUUGAUGCAAAAGGUUAAGGAUAUUAUUCAUGUGUGA